UGGGGUGCCCAAACCUGCUCCUCUGCUCCCUAAAUCCUGCCCGGGGUGCCCAAACCUGCCCCCCAAGUGCCCGAACCGGCCCCCAGGAGCGAUGCCGGGCCCGGGUGAGGAGGCGCCGGGCGCCGGCGGGGAGCUGAGCCGCUCGCAGGUGUGCGGGAUGCUCCGGCAGGAGCUGAGCCGGGACGGAGCCUUCCUGCAGGGCCACCCCCAUGUCCUUGUCAUCCUCGGCGCCUCCGGUGACCUGGCCAGGAAGAAGAUUUACCCCACGAUCUGGUGGUUGUUCCGGGAUGGGCUCCUCCCUGAUGCCACACGUGUCGUCGGCUUCGCCCGCUCGCCCCUCACCGUGGAGCUCAUCCGGGAGCAGACCCUGCCCUACCUCAAGGUGACCCCCGAGGACGGGCCCCGCCUGGCUGAGUUCCUGUCCCUGCAGAGCUUCGUGCGGGGUCAGUACGGGGACGAGGCCUCGUUCCGGGCAUUGGAUGCUCACCUGCGGGGGCUGCCUGGGGGAGACCAUGCCCACCGGCUCUUCUACCUGGCCCUGCCCCCCAGCGUGUACACACCUGUGACACAGCACCUGAGGGCUCUGUGCAUGGGACAGGGGUGGAACCGUGUGAUUGUGGAGAAGCCAUUUGGGCGGGACCUGGGCACGUCGGAGGAGCUGUCGGCGCACCUGAGCGCGCUGUUCCGUGAGGAGCAGAUCUACCGCAUGGACCACUACCUGGGCAAGGAGAUGGUGCAGAGCCUCAUGGUGCUGCGGUUCGGCAACCGCAUCUUUGGGCCCAUCUGGAACCGCGACAACGUCGCCUGUGUGGUGCUCACCUUCAAGGAGCCCUUUGGCACCGAGGGCCGUGGUGGCUACUUUGAUGACUUCGGUAUCAUCCGGGACGUGAUGCAGAACCACCUUCUGCAGCUGCUCUGCCUUGUGGCCAUGGAGAAGCCGGCAUCCACCAAUCCCGACGAUGUCCGCGACGAGAAGGUGAAGGUGCUCAAGUGCAUCAGCCCAGUGGAGCUGCAGGAUGUGGUGCUGGGCCAGUACGUGGGCAACCCCGAGGGCCCCCCCGAGGCACAGAAAGGCUACCUGGAUGACCCCACGGUGCCCCCUGGCUCCACCACGCCCACCUUCGCCACCGCUGUGCUGCGUGUGGCCAAUGAGCGCUGGGACGGUGUGCCGUUCGUGCUGCGCUGUGGGAAGGCACUGAAUGAACGCAAGGCCGAGGUACGGCUGCAGUUCCGGGAGGUGCCCGGGGACAUCUUCGCGCAGCAGUGUAAGCGCAACGAGCUGGUGGUGAGGGUUCAGCCGCGUGAGGCCGUCUACGCCAAACUCAACACCAAGAAACCGGGCAUGUACCUGCGGCCCGAGGAGUCCGAGCUCGAUCUCACCUAUGGCAGCCGCUACAAGGAUGUGAAGCUGCCAGAUGCCUAUGAGCGGCUGCUGCUGGACGUCAUCUGUGGGAACCAAAUGCACUUUGUGCGCAGUGAUGAGCUGCGCGAGGCCUGGCGCAUCUUCACGCCCCUCCUGCACCAGAUUGAGCAGCGCCGCGAGCCCCCCAUCCCCUACCCUUACGGCAGCCGGGGCCCCCCCGAGGCGGAUGAGCUCCUGCAGCGGGCGGGGUUCCUGUACGAGGGCACCUAUCGGUGUCACCGUGAGACAGCUGGGCCUCAUUGAACCCAGAUGCUGCUGGGAGCUUGCCAGAGCUCAUGGAACCCAGGCUCCACCCAGGUGGGACACAGCUGGGCCUCAUGGAACCCAGGAGAGCUUUGUGACACAAUGGACUCUCAUGGAACCACACGUGCUGUCACAAGUGUCCCUGAUGACACAGAAGGAACCCAGGAGACCAGAGUGAGGUUAUGGAACCUCAUGGAGCCCAGGGUCCAGUGUGACACAGAGAGGCCUCAUGGAACCCAGGAGAGCACUGAGAGGCUCUGGACCAACACGGGACCAAGGUUCUGCUGUGACCUGAUGGAACCUUCUGGAAGCAAGGGAUCAUUUUCCCCUGUGUUUGGCACUGGUGAGGCUGCACCUCGAGUGCUGUGUCCAGUUCUGGGCCCUUCAGUUUAGGAUGGACAUGGAGUGGCUGGAGCAUGUCCAGAGAAGGGCAAUAAGGCUGGUGAGGGGUCUGGAACACAAGUCCUGGGAGGAGCGGCUGAGGGAUCAGGGGUUAUUUAUCCUGGAGAAGAAGAGACUCAGGGGAGACCACAUCACUCUCUACAACUCCCCGACAAGUGACUGCAGCCAGGUGGGGGUCAGACUCUUCUCCCAGGCAAACACUGAUAGAAAGAGAGGACACAGCCUUAAGCUGUGCCAGGGAAAGUUUAGGUUGGACACAAGGAAAAAUUCUCUGAAAGAGUGACUGGGUACUGGAAUCCUCUGCCCAGGGAGGUUGUGGAGUCACUGUCCCUGGACAUGUUAAAAAAAGUCUGGAUGUGGCACUUGUCCUGGUCUGAAAGACAGAUGUCUGCCAGAGGAGGUGAGAGACUCCUCUGGAAUGGAGAAUGUGAAUCCCCUCCCUCUGAAUUAUUACAGCUGUGAAAUUAGGAGCUUUCAGACACAGAC